AAGAAACAGACUUUCCAAUUUGUGUGCACACUAAAUAUCUUUUUCAACAGCAUUUCAGUGGUGUGCUGUUGUGUUGUGCACUGACAGAAGAACACAAACUCAUUUUACUGGAAGAGUUUUCAUGGUUGUGUGUGCUGCACAUCAAGAUGUUUGCUGUUCAUCUGGUUGCCUUCUUCUUCUCCAAACUCCAGGAGGAUCCUACAAAGAAGGUGGACAGGUUUCUGCACGCCAUGCGUCUCCAUGACGACCAGCUAAAAGACAUCUCAACUCGUUUCCAGGCUGAAAUGAAGAAGGGGCUUUCAUCGGAAAGUAACGCCGCAGCAGCGGUGAAGAUGCUACCGACACAUGUCCGCUCCACUCCUGAUGGAACAGAGAAAGGACAGUUUCUGGCAUUGGAUCUUGGAGGCUCCAAGUUUAAGGUGCUCCAAGUUAAAGUGAGAGAGGGCAUGGGGAUUCGGAGGGGGGGAGUGGAGAUGGAGGAGAAGACCUACCCGAUGCCUAAGGAGCUACUCAUUGGGAGAGGAAUAGAGCUAUUUGACCAUGUGUCAGAGUCACUGAAGGACUUCCUGUAUCAGAAGAACAUCAGUUUGGAGAAGAAACAUCCCCUAGCCUUUACUUUCUCUUUUCCCUGUGAACAAGCCACCUUGAAUCAGGGAUUUUUGUUAAACUGGAGCAAGAACUUCCGGGUUCGAGGCCUUCAGGGUAAAGACGUGGUCCAAGCCCUCAGAGAGGCUAUUGAGAGAACUGGGGGUAUGGAUGUAGAGGUGUUAGCCAUGGUUAACGACACUGUAGCAACCAUGAUGACCUGCGGUUUUGAUGACCAGUACUGUGAAGUAGGACUCAUCAUCGGUACUGGCACCAAUGCGUGCUACAUGGAGGAGCUGCGUCACGUUGACCUGGUGGAGGGAGACGAGGGCAGGAUGUGUGUAAACACUGAGUGGGGGGCCUUCGGUGAGGAUGGGGCUCUGAAUGACUACAUUACUGAGUUUGACAGGGACGUCGACGCAACUUCCAGCAACCCUGGAAAACAAAUCUUUGAGAAGAUGGUCAGUGGGAUGUAUCUGGGUGAGUUAGUGAGGCUGGUUGUAUUAAAGAUGGCUAAACUUGGACUGCUGUUUGAUGGACAUGUGUCUGAUGCCCUGAGGACUAAAGGGAAGAUAACCACUGCACAUGUGGCAGCCAUGGAGAAUUACAAAGAUGGUCUGAAGAACACCAAGAACCUUCUCACGGACCUUGAUUUGACCCCAUCAUCUGAUGACUGUGUUGCUGUUCAACAUGUCAGCACCAUAGUCUCCUUCAGGUCCUCAAAUCUGGUGGCUGCAGCACUGGCGGCCAUCUUGAGCCGAAUUAAGCAAAACAGGAAUUUGAGGACAUUAAGGAUCACUGUAGGUGUCGAUGGAACGGUGUACAAGACACACCCACAGUAUCCUAAACGUCUCCACAAAGUUGUGCGCCGGUUGCUUCCUGAGUGCCAUGUCAGAUUUGUCCUCUCAGACAGCGGCAGCAGCAAAGGAGCCGCCUUGGUAACAGCAGUCGCCCAACGACUGGCAUCACGAAGGCGACAGGUGGAUGAGACACUGUCUCCCUUCAGACUGAGCCAAGAGCAGAUGCAGUUGGUAAAGACCAGAAUGAGGGCAGGGCUGGAAGCAGGGCUGAAGAGUAAAGGCCCCUCGACUAUCAAGAUGCUGCCUUCUUUUGUGUACCGUACACCUGAUGGCAAUGAGCAUGGGAAGUACCUUGCCUUGGAUCUUGGAGGAACAAACUUCAGAGCAUUGCUGGUGAACUUUAAAAAAGGACUGCAACAAAACUCACGACUUUACCAUAAGAUCUACACCAUACCACUGGAGAUAAUGCAGGGCACUGGAGAAGAGUUGUUUGAUCAUAUAGCGCAGUGUGUUAGUGACUUCCUGGACUACAUGGGGAUGAAGAAUGCUCAUCUUCCUGCAGGCUUCACCUUCUCUUUCCCCUGUGAGCAGACAGCUAUUGACACAGGCACAUUGGUGAGCUGGACCAAAGGUUUCAAGGCCACUGACUGUGAAGGACAAGAUGUUGUCAGCAUGCUGAGGGAGGCCAUCAAGAGACGCAAUGAGUUUGACUUGGACAUUGUAGCAGUAGUCAAUGACACAGUCGGGACCAUGAUGAGCUGUGCCUAUGAAGACCCACAGUGUGAGAUUGGACUGAUUGCUGGAACUGGCACUAAUGUUUGUUACAUGGAGCAACUGAAGAACAUUGAGAAGACUCAAGAAAAGACAGGAAAAGUGGAAAGAGAAGAGGGGGAGCCUGAAGGAGAGGAGGAUAAGCAGGAUGAAGGGUCGGAAGGAGAGAAAAAAGAGGGGGAUGCUGACAUAUCAAAGAUGUGUAUAAACACAGAGUGGGGAGGUCUGGGUGAUGAUGGCUCUCUGGAUGACAUCAUCACACCUUAUGACAUUGAGGUGAACCAAAACUCAAUCAACCCUGGAAAACAAAGGUUUGAAAAGCUGACCAGUGGGAUGUAUUUAGGAGAAGUUGUCCGUCAGGUAUUGUUGGAUUUAACCAGAGGAGGUUUGCUGUUCAGAGGACACGUCACUGAAGCUUUAAAAACACCUGGGAUAUUCCAAACCAAAUACCUGUCCCAAAUAGAGAGUGACCGCCUGGCUCUACUGCAGGUCAGAUCUAUCCUCCAACAGCUGGGACUGGACAGCACGUGUGAGGACAGCAUCAUUGUCAAAGAGGUAUGUGGAGCGGUGUCACGCCGUGCAGCUCAGCUGUGUGGGGCAGGAAUGGCAGCCGUGGUCGAUAAGAUCAGAGAGAACCGAGGACUGGACCAUCUGAACAUUUUCUCUGGAGUCCUCCAAGAGACUGCCAGAGUUUUGGCUCCUCAGUGUAAUGUGACCUUCCUGCCAUCAGAGGAAGGCAGCGGGAAGGGUGCUGCCCUCAUCACAGCUGUGGCUACACAGAAGCACGACUGAAAAUUAUUUUUUUUUUUUCAUAAUUUGGAAAGCUCACUCUCUGAACUGCUGCUCUUAUUGCUGCAAGUGUCCUCUGCUCAUGUGGAAGAGCUGCAGACCACCAUGUGUUACCUCAGAUACAAAUGGAACAGCCAACAUGUUUCUUUUCACCUGACAGCAAGGAGCUUAGUGGGGGAAAACACACACACACACGCAGAGGUUUUCACUACAUGAUCCCUCACAGGCUUCCCACUCAUGAGCACAUGACUGAUGACUCGGAUUCCGGACUCUGGUUCCCAAUAAUGUUUGAAGAACUGGAUUCCAAUUAAUGUAUUUUUACAAAAUGACAAAGCUUGUCACAACCUGCUUCUCUUCUUAGAGAAAAACUUUUUAUUUGUCCCUUUAAAAGUCAUUUUUUUAAUGAUUGGCUUUGUACAGAGAUUCCUUUUUGUUUUUCAAUAUAAAUGAAUGACCAGUCUAGCAAAAAUAUUUGUUUUUUUAACCCAUAUUUGGUACUUGAGUGCCCUACUUUCCAAUCAUUACUGCGUCAGUCGUGGGAAAAGAGUCACACAGCUGCACCAUGACCUGCCAGUGUUAGCCAUGCACUGAUUGUGAUAUCAGCGCUGAGGACUUGGUUUUGGAAAAGAAAGAACACUCAUCAUCAUAAAUCACACCCUGCAAACUACUCAAGGUUAGCGCCUCAUCUGACUGCCAGUUCAGUUGUCAAAAUGUGAUUAUUCCUUACAUAUGUUAAAAACUGUCUCUGCCCUUCUGAUCAAACAUUCAGGCCUCAUUGCUUUCUUGCUAAAUGUUCCCAUUUUCUGGCUGUUUUGUAUUAAUGAUUGUUUUUUUUGGUUUGUUUUUUUACAAAAUUUUCUGAGUCUGAGUUGUUUGAUUAUAAAACUCAAAAAAUGCAUACAUCUUUAUAAUUCUUGCUGUCUUCCUUAAUGUGUUUGAAAUCUUUCUUUAAAUUUUACACUGCAUUAAUUUGUACCCGAAAUUUGGUUUAGAAAUUCUUCAGUUCUUCAAACCAUGAUUCCUACACAACAAUUUAAUCAUUUUUCAGUCUAGUUAGACAAUGUAUGGUUUCGCCUAUGUUGGAUGGAGGAAGAGACAAAGAGAAGGUGUGUGUGUCGUGUGUGUGUUAGUCAGCAGUAUCUCGGUAUUGAUGAAGGGCAGGAGGAGGAUUGGAAUGCCGCUGACCACGUUUCCCAACAAUAACAACAACCAUUGCUCUGUUCUGUCAUUCUGGACUGACUCUCUGUCCUUGUGAUUGCCCAUCUGUCUCUCUGCUCGCUUUCUGUCUGUCUGUACAUCUGUGCCAUUUUGGUCAUUCUGCCUGUCUGCUUGCUGGAUUACUGCCUAUUCGCCUGUGUCUUUAUCUGUCUGUCUGCACAGUACAAAAGAAAAAGACUUCAAACGUUUAGAUAUUUUAGUGUUUUACAGUUGAUAUUUGUGUUUACAAGUUCAUUAUAAUCUCGAACUACUGAUUUGACAUUACUGGACAGGGAAUGAACAGCAAUGAUCAGGGUACUUAUGCUAAUCCAUUUCUGACUGAUGAGAUGAUGUGUUGAAGAUGAAGGCAGGCAGAAAUCAGCAGCAGAGUGCAAGGAAUACAGAAAAUAAUGCAAAGCAAAAACAAAACAUCAGAAGAAAACAUGUUAGAGAGGAUUACAGAAAGGGAGGGGGGAAAUUUAUUGAGGGAGGCUGCGUGCUCCUAGGAGUGAAACAGUAGCUAAUCUUUCAGGGAUUAACAUGUUAGAAUGCUACCAGCUGAGGGCUACGUCACACAUACAAACACACACACAAACACACUCACACACACACAGCACGGUAAUCCCAUGCUGUCCUAGUAGUGACCUAAUAGCUUCACAGUUAAACCACACAUGCUCUGACUAACACAGCUGUGCUGCUGAAUCUUUGUGUGUGUGUGUGUGUGUGUGUUCAAAGCUCUGUGAGAAUGUGGAUGUGUGUCUUUGUCUCCCCUGUAAACCAACAAUAAGAGCUUUGACACACACAUGCACACACAAACACAGAAAUGGUCACCAGUAGAUGGGCAGAGUUGAGACACUGAUUCUUCAGGGCUCACAAAGGGACGAGCUCUGUCUCUUUUCUGGUAGGAUUGUGCUGUUCUUUUCAAAAUACAGUUAGUGUUCAGGGAGCGCAGCUUUCACUUUUAGAGAGAUAAAAUGAAUCAAAGCUUGAAACCUGGAUUUGACUCUCUAUACGGGGUGGACAAUGGAAAAAUUAGACACCACAACGCCCCAAAACAUCAUUGUGGUGACAACUGUCGUAUGCCAGCUUUGCUUGAUCAUGGGAAAACCUCACCAAUGAAGGUAAUUUAAGUAUCCCUAUAGUAUAACCUGGAGGAGCUAAGACCUGCUGGGAUUAUCUGUAAUAGUGCAACUGCUGGGUCAGUGGUGAAUAUGUGGGAUUAGUUGUGAUGAUGAUACAAAGUGUGUAGGUAAACUUGAGGGAUAAAGGUUACUGUGUGUUUUCAUAUAAAGUAACACUGCAGAGAUCCAUCGUACUUGUUGGCAGCUGGUUUUCUGAACUGCGUUUGUGCAAGUGGUUAAUUUACUGUUAACUCUCUGCCUGUAGCUGGAGCAGGGUGGCUAAUAAUAGCUUAUAUAGGUAUUAAUGCAUGUAUCAGUUUAGCUGCCAGUCAGCACAGCUGGCCCUACAACAUGGUGGCUUCCCUGUAAUCUUUACAAUGAGAGACGUGAAUGUAACAUGGUCCUAUAAUUUAGACAGAAUAAACGCUGAAAGAGCUGCAGAUUGAACUGACUUCCUCACAGCGGUCAUUUUGAUUUCCACACUUUUUUGCACUUUUUAUGUUUUCAUUCACCUUGGUUAUACUUGAAAAUCUUGUAUCUGUAGUUUCUAAAAACUGUUUCAUCAUAUUAAAAUCAUCAGAGGAAACCAACCACAUGCUGGUCCAUUUACCAAGGGGAUAACACUGAUGGGACAUUAUGCUGGAUAAAGUUACUAUCGUGAUGA